UCGACGUUAUAUCAACAAAGCAACCUAUCGAACGUUCAGCGACCAAUUGUCAAGUGUUCAGAUGAUUUGUUAAAUCCCGACAUCAUACAUUUGAUUUUAGAAGACAGACUUUUGAUAAUUGAUAUAAAAAGGAUUACAAUGACGAAACUGAAUGUGCAUAAUAUAAGUUUUCUUGAACAACUAGUCACCAUUGAAGCGAAAAAGCCUAUUGAUGUAUGUACAUUAUCAAUAGAAAAUGAAACGGAAUGGAGCAUCACUGUAAUAUAUGUUACCUCGGAGUGCACUGAAGACUCGUUGCCCAAACGGAAAUCGUCAACACCGAACAGCUCGUGUAAAACUUUCAACGGUAAUCCAACAAUUAGACAAAUUGUUGAAGGGUACACAUCAACUGUGUGCCCUUCAGUUAACCUUCUUUACCAUGUCAACACAACGCUGUGUGAAGCUGUCAAUAGAAAUGUGAUUGGGGCAGGAAAGUUUCCAGGAAAUGCUACUGUAAAAGUCCUAUAUCCGGCAUCUAUUCGCGAAUUCUAUUUAGAGGGGUUUAUGGAUCAACAGAGUGUAUCAGUGACUGACAAACGAAAUGUAACGUUUGUCUGUAAAGCGUUUGGCGAUCCGUCUCCUCACAUAAAGCUUACGUCGGAAUCCGUAAACGUUUCAACCAACAAUUCAUACCUGAGACUCAAUAAAUAUCUGACCUCUCGCCAAGAUUCUGGAACAUUCACAUGCAUAGCUACAAACGGUCUUGGUGCGGAAAAUAGGUCAAUUUAUGUUCAGGCGAAUGGCCAAGACGAUGCAAGGUCCUAUUCCUUCACACUUGCUUUAUGCCUUGGAUGUGGAGUGAGUGGAGUACUGGUACUGGUUGCCGUUUUGUGGGUGUACAAACGACGCGACAUAGUCUUGCAAAUAUUUCAUUCAAACGACCGUGCCAUUGAAAUAAAUGCAGAGGACGCUAGGGACCAGACAAGCCGUUCUCGUGAUAAUAACGGAAAUAUGCCAGAGGGAGAUGGAUCACAAAUCGCAACUCACCAUGGCUGCAUACGUAAACUACCUUCUGGCAAAACUCGUGGCUUUUACAAUCAAUCGUAUGAAGAGUAUUCCCCAAGAAAUGGAAAUGCAGAUAACGAUCUUGAGGAGAACAGGGACAAUGAACCCUUCAUUUAUGCGGCUGAUGCUGUUCAGAAACGGCGAGGUGUCUGGAACGAGACAUACGCCGACUGGUUCAAUCCUUCGACACCUCGCCCUGACAAUACGAAAAGCACAGAUCAAAUCAGCUGCGAACACGUUGAGGAGUCGCCAGAGCGAAGGAUUCAUACGGAUGGCUACUCACACACUGAUGUCAACAAACACAGAUCCAAACAGACAACUGACGAAACACUUAUUGCUACAAGGUCGAGGGAUGACUGAACACCUGCACACUCAAUGCUAACAGACGAUUCCUUAAUAAUCGUAACUGAUUAAUUAGGAUUGCUAAAUCAAUGUAGGCGAUGCUCUGCACCUUACGAGAAUGCAUACCUGUAUUACCGUGUGUCGUUGUGACUUACGGAUUUGUUUGUUUAUGUGGUCAUAGAUGUUUGGUUAAUUCGUUUUUCUUUCUUUGUGCAUGCAUUGAAAUAUGCCACUGGCAUUGUAUUGGUGCAAAAAUAUGUUUGUUUUUUGCGACAAUUUUUACUACAAUCGAAUUAUACUGUUUGUUGACAUAUAUCAAUAGAAUUCUCUAUGCAACUUACAGUUGUAUACGCGUAUGUUCUUACGAUCAAAUGUAUUUUUGAAAAUAUUGUGUUAAUUUUUACAUGGAUGUUUAAGAUUAUAAACAAAUAUUCCGGCCCACCGUUUCAUUUAUUCGGAAGAAAAAGUUAAAUGUAAAGUAGAAGAGACAGCUUUGGUACAUCUUAUAAAUGUCAACAUUUGAUUGUAUAUAGUAUGUGUUCAUUAUAUGCACCUAAUCAUUAAUUGAUUUUGGCCAUUGUACAAUAUUUACAACAUAAUUCAAUUAUUGAAUAAUUGCAAGAGAUGUCUAAUGAUCUUAACAGUAGAACUGAUAUAAACGAUACAUGUCUUUAUAAUUAUAUAAAGGAUUACAACCGCUUCACGCGCAAAACUAUUGCACGCGUUUGGUCAGUUGGUUCAACUGAUUUGUCAUGAAAGCAACUGAAAAGCAACUUAAACGUAAUGAAAUAUAUUACCGUCCGAUCACUGAAAAAUAUUGACAACAGUCCUUAAUUAUAUAAUUGAAAACAAAAGUUAAACAAAUUCAAAGCAAAAAUCAGAAAAGUAAUACGCAUUUUGUUAUGGCGGCUAAGGAUGACUCAGACGUUGGAUUCCUCAUAAAGCUAUACCGACAAAUCGGGUUGUCAUCCUACAGGUUUUAUAAUGCUGUGUUAUGUAUUCAACCUUCGGCAAUAAUUACAUUCAUUUUAUUCAAUAAACCAUAUUUUAGCGUAACAAUCAUGAUUGUUUGGAUAAUCUAUCCUCACAAUUUUAUCUGAGUAAUAUAUACAUGUUUUAUAAUCAAUAAAACAGAUAUUGUUAUUGUCAAAAAUGUUUGUUAAAUGUGUUCAAUAGUAUGUGUUGGUACUGAAAACGUUCAAACAAACAUGUUUUGAUACCUCUUUGUAUGAAAAAAAAUGUCAUUAUAAUUUCACAAACCGAAUAUUUUGAAUGCGCGCUUUUAAUGUUUAUCGUUUGUAAAAUCAAUUUAGUUAUUUUAAUUAUUUUACAGAAUGUUACGCAUGAGGUUAAAUAUAUACAUUUGAAUAUUAAUGAGACAUAUUCUUAUUAGUUCUUGAACUUAACGUUUGAUUUGCUUAUGCGUGCCAUCGGUUUACAUAUUAUAAGUCUAUGCACGCAUUAAAUAAGAUGUAUUUGUGAAGUGCUUUAAUUUAUAAGUUAUCAUAGCUAGAUGUUUAACAUCUUGCAUCAAUCAGUUCAAAUUGAAAUCAUGUGUAUCGACAUGCAUGCGAAGUUUACACAACACUUAGCGUCUGUCUGUUAAAGAUGAAUGUACAUUCAAUGUGUUCAUUGAAAAGAUGCGUGACACAAAACAAUUAACAAUAUCACUGGAUAAUUCAUACCAAGUAUGAGUAAUGGAAUAUAAAACUCAAAACAAAUGCUUAAACAAUGUGGUAAUAAAAAUCAAUGUCGGGCUACUGAAACAGAAACACUAUUAAUUUAAUAAUCAUUGUUUAUACGAAACGAACCACUGCAAACAAUGGGUGCUAAAUUUUCCUUUAGAUACAUUUAAGAUUAACUUGUAUUUGUCUGUACAAGAAUUCAACUAAUGUUUAUGACAGGAUAGGUUUUUCACAAUACAUUAUGGAAAUCUUUGCAACGAACAAUCGAUAUUCUGAAAAUAUAUCGUUGCUGAAUUACCUCUAGUUAUUCGUGUUUUAUAUAUGAUUCAUUGUUUACAUAGUUCGUCAAAAUUAGGUAAGUCAAAUUAAACCACGCAAUAAAGUAAGCUACGAACACCUUUCAAUAAUUUAUUAAAAUAAACGGGACUCAAUCCAGCUGUCUUGAUUCAGUUCAAUGCCAAUUCAACACAUCAUAAUGCAUUUUAGUGUACAGUCAAGGUGUACCUUUCCAAAUAAUAAGCUGACGUAUGAAAUUCGCUACAUAUUGUCGUGUUUAUAAUGUUAUAUAACAAGUUAUAGCUGUCAAAGAAUAUCAUUAAAUUGCAUACAAGAAAACAAUUCACGCGUUAUCUGUAUGCCUUUAUCUUGAUCGUAGUAAAUUAGUAGUAUAAUUCCAAUCAUCGAUUCGAAACCCAUAUACAGACGAUACAAUACAUACACGAAACAGAUACAUCGUAAGCCAGUAAUAUGGUUAUAGUGCUAUGGACACAUUGACUUUUUAUGCGUGAGCAUUAUCAAAAUAUGUUAAAAUAGUUCUGUAUUUUAUGCCACAUUUACAAUUUUAAUUAAAUAUAUUAAAGAAAUGAAGCUUUAAGCAUUUAAAUAAAUUGCAUAUCAGUCAACAGACGUUUUUGGAAACAUGUUGUUCCUGUUUGCUUAUAAUAACGUUGUUAUAAUUUUAGCAGAACUUCACGAGCUGUUGGACGAAAAAAACACCUCUAAAAUGGGGUUUCCUGUACUGUAGUACAAUGAAAAUGUAUUGAUAAAAAAGUAUGUUCGCCGGUUUUACUCUAUUAUGGAGAAUCCUAGCAUGCACCAUGUACAUAUCUUUCAUUGUCUAUUAUUUGAAAUUAGGUUGAUCAUGCGACCAUUUAUGUUAUAAGUGUAUCUACGUACGUGCCUAAGUAUAAUACACGACUCACACAUUAAAAAAUAGAUUUUAGAGAUUAGUAAUGAAUAGUUAUCAUUAUGAGUACAAUGGUAAUUGUCAAUUACGUUUAGCUCUGUACAUUUAUAAUAUGGUAAGUGUACAUGUCCGAAAAUUU